AUGUCUUCUUUAUCCGCGCUUCAAGCUCGCCUAAAAGAGCUAUCGACCUCUCUGGCGCAGAUCCACCCUCUCGUGUCCCGAUUGCGGAACUUUACGACCGCCGUUGGACAGGGCGACGAAGCUCGAUUAGAAUUAGGGACCGAGAUCCAUAGUCUGCUGAAAGAGGCAGAGGUACAUUUGGAGGUCUUGAAGGUUGAUGUUGAAGCAUUAGAAACUGCCCCGGAAGGCAGACGGAAAGGUGUGGACAACGAGAAGGAGUUAGAGCGGGAACGGGUUGUUGCGUUGGCAGGUAGACUAGCGGAAGACUUGAAAAGAACGAGAGGAGACUUCCGAAAUGCGCAGUUACAAGCGAAGCGGAAUGCGGAGAUCGCGAAGCGCAAAGAGAGGGAAUCGCUAUUUUCGAGAUCACAGAGCGCUGAAAGGAAGAGAGAGUCGACUGAGAAGUUGACACAAGAUGAUGUUUUGCUCAAUUCGUCAAGUGAUGUUACUGCGGCAUUGCGGAGAACGCAUCAUCUGAUGCAGGCAGAGUUAUCUAGAAGUCAAUUCGCACAAGAGACACUAGAGCAAUCGACUGCUGCGCUUUCAUCGCUCUCAGAGUCUUACACAAGCCUGGAUACCCUUCUAUCAUCGUCACGCAACCUUGUUGGUUCGCUCCUUCGCUCGCAAAAGUCUGACACCUGGUAUCUUGAAACCGCGUUCUACAUUCUAAUCGGCACCAUUGUAUGGCUUCUGUUUCGCCGGAUAUUAUACGGACCCAUGUGGUGGCUUGUAUGGUUGCCGAUAAGGUUCGCAGCGAAGUUCGUAUUCACCAUCUUGGGCGCGGUUGGCCUAUCCAGCAAAGCCGUUCAACCUUCUCCGUCUGCUGUUCCUAGCGCAAGCUUAGCCCAGGAGGCAGUGGUCCCAACUCUUGAAACCGAGGCGAAUGUUCAAACCGCCGAUGGCCAAGCUAUCUGGGACAUACCUCCAGUUGCGGAGGCAAAAGAAGACCGCAUGAUUGAUCAUAUUGGUAACAUGGUUGAGGACAAUGAAGUGGGAUCUAAAGAGGAGCCAACGGAAGAAAAUGAACAAGAAGAGGAGGUUGAUGAGACCAACAUCGAUGACAUUUCACUAGAAGAAAAACAGAGGCCAGCGGAGCUCCCUCGAAAUACGAAGAAGAGGAUGUAUGAGGCUACAGAAGUACUAGAAAACAGGAAGGAUGAGCUAUAG